AUGGCUACCUCGAUUACCUGUCUGUGUGGAGAUAUAGCAAUAUCCAUCCAGCUGGACCCUGCCACCGACCAUACUCAGCUCCAACUAUGUCAUUGCCACAGUUGUCGGGCAGUGACGGGCCUGCUCUGCUCAUCUUAUUAUCUCCUGCAGGAUAAGCCUCCUGCCCUGGAUACUCUCCAGGAGUACCAGGAGUCCCCACACGUGAGCCGCUUCUUCUGUAGGACCUGCGGUGCGCAUGUCUUUGCCCAGUCCAAGCCCACUGGACGAUAUCUGGUUGCCUCCGGGGUAUUAGCAGAUCAAGAUACCCCAGCAGUGCACUCCAUCCAGCACUGGAAGACUGGUGACACGGAAGACGGUGGACUAAGUGCAUAUCUCCCCGGAUGGCCAUCCACAGACAUAAGCUGCAGACUGGAGGCGGAACCAGGACCUUCCGAAUAUUCUGAACAAGGAGAGUCUGAUAUACCACAGACGCCACAGGCAUCCUCGGAUAGUUUGCAGGAGCAGAACAACCUGCAGGCACGAUGCCACUGUGGAGGCAUUGACUUCUUCGUCACACCUCCAGAUGCAUCUUCCACUCAGGCUUGGUCCCAGUGGUCUGAUCUCCUGAUCCCCUUCAACUCGGGAUAUGCUGAUCUAGACAAUGCUGCGGAUGUGAAAUGGUUCCUGCGAAAGGGAAACACUAAAUAUCUGGCUGGAACCUGUGCCUGUGCUUCCUGCCGACUGCACAGUGGCUUUCCCAUUCAGGUAUGGGCCUUUAUCCCCAAGUCCAACCUCUUCAAUGCAGAUGGGUCCCCUCUCACAUUUGGCCAUGGCACGAUGAAACAAUAUAAGAGUUCACCGGGGGUUUAUCGGGAAUUCUGUGAUCGAUGUGGUGCCACGGUUUUCUGGCAUAAUGACGGACGACCAAGCGUGAUUGAUGUAAGUGCAGGAUUGAUUCGAGGGAAGAAUGCCCGAUCGGAAGAGUUGUUGGACUGGGCUACUGGGCGUGUGAGUUUUGCCGAAUUGGCUGUACAGAAAGAUUUAGUGAAGCUGCUGGAAGAAGGCCUGCAACAGUAUGCAAAGCAGCAUCACAAAGAUUAG